AAAUUUCAAUUGUUUGGCUUCGUUCCCUCUCCUCCUAUUAUCAUUUUACGCUCUGCAAUUAGGAAUUAAACCCUAAACCAGAAAACCUCGUCGUAAUGGAGGCAAUAGAACCAGUUGAACCCCAAUCCCUAAAAAAGCUUAGCUUCAAAUCCCUUAAACGUGCCCUCGAUCUCUUCUCUCCCGUUCAUCAACAACUCCCUCCUCCUGAUGCCGAAAGCAAGAAAAUUCGUGUCAAUUACAAGGUACAUGUUGAGUAUGGUGGAAUUAAAAGUACCGCUCAACCUUCCCAGCAGACAAAUUCUGCUACACAGAAUCACUCUCAACAAGCAGGGUCUUCUAACGUGCUUGCUCUUCCAGGUCCAGGAGAUUCCAAGGAUCUCCAGAAAGGAGGGGCCCACAAUGCUUUGGUUGUUGGUCCAUCUAUGCCAUCCACUGCUACGAAUGGUCUUGGUUUUCAGGGCAAAAAUACAGUAGUUGUUUCUACCUCUGGCUCAUCUGAAAGGAAUUUCUCAACAUCCGCUUUGAUGGAAAGAAUGCCAAGUAAAUGGCCACGACCUGUGUGGCAUGCACCAUGGAAAAACUACAGGGUCAUCAGUGGUCACUUAGGAUGGGUGAGAUCUGUUGCAGUUGAUCCCAGUAAUACAUGGUUUGCUACUGGUUCUGCAGAUCGAACUAUCAAGAUAUGGGACUUGGCAAGUGGUGUUUUAAAGCUCACAUUAACAGGUCACAUUGAACAAGUAAGAGGCCUUGCUAUUAGCCACAAACAUACCUACAUGUUUUCUGCUGGUGAUGAUAAACAAGUUAAAUGUUGGGAUCUUGAACAGAAUAAGGUUAUUAGGUCUUAUCACGGUCAUCUGAGUGGUGUUUAUUGCUUGGCUAUUCAUCCCACAAUUGACAUUUUACUGACUGGAGGACGUGAUUCUGUCUGCCGGGUCUGGGACAUACGCAGUAAAAUGCAGAUUCAUGCUCUUUCAGGUCAUGAGAACACUGUCUGCUCUGUGUUUACACGGCCAACGGACCCUCAAGUUGUCACUGGUUCUCACGAUUCUACAAUCAAGAUGUGGGACCUUAGAUAUGGUAAAACAAUGUCAACUCUUACAAACCAUAAAAAGUCUGUUCGAGCAAUGGCUCAGCAUCCUAAAGAGCAAGCUUUUGCAUCUGCAUCAGCUGAUAAUAUUAAAAAGUUCACCCUUCCAAAAGGAGAAUUUUGUCACAAUAUGCUCUCUCAACAGAAAACUAUUAUCAAUGCAAUGGCUGUCAAUGAGGAGGGUGUUAUGGUUACCGGAGGUGACAAUGGCAGUAUGUGGUUCUGGGAUUGGAAGAGUGGUCACAAUUUCCAGCAAUCUCAAACAAUUGUACAACCUGGUUCACUGGACAGUGAAGCUGGUAUUUAUGCUUUAACCUAUGAUGUCACGGGCACGAGGCUUAUAUCAUGUGAAGCAGACAAGACCAUAAAAAUGUGGAAAGAAGAUGACAAUGCCACUCCAGAAACACAUCCCCUCAACUUCAGGCCUCCUAAAGACAUCCGUCGAUUCUAGUUACGCGGUCCUAUUCGGUCGUGUAAUGCACAUUUUGAUUAGAUGUUCUGUUACUUGGAGGUCUUGAUGUACAAUUAUUUAGUCACACUUCUCUUUGUAACAUACUUUUCUCAUCUUUUUUGUACCAUUGUACUGCCAAUAGUAUUAAUCAUACAAUUAACUUUAGACGUCUAAAGAAUGAAUCUCCAAGUUUGUUGACAUAAUAAUCUCACAAACUUCUAGCUGUGAGUAUCCAAGUGAUUUAUGUGACUCCUGUAUUAAUUUAAA